AUGGCCGACCACCUCUGCCCACGUCUGACCUUCCCCCAAGCACCAUGCUUCUCUUGCCUUUCAAAGUCUAUCCCAUCAUCAACAAUGGUCCCAACUCCAGAAACUCUCAUGGGCUUUCCCAUGCCACCGACAUAUGUCAUUGAAGCUGGUCAGGUGGUCAAACAACGUCGGUCCUGGCCCAAGAACCUGAACUCUUGCUCCAACGACGGUAUCUUCAACAUGUCUGGGGACGCCGAGACUCGAGCCAAAGCCAUCCACAAGCUCAAUCAACUCCUUCAGCUCGACCAGCCCAGACGGGACUCGGAAACACUUCCCACGCAAGUCCUUCCAGCGAUGCAAGCUGCGUGA